AUGGCAUCUAACGCACCGUACGACGCGCAGGCAAGCACCAACUACAAAGAAGCAUUCGCGCUCUUCGACAAGCGCGGCAACCAGCGCGUGCAGCUGGAGUCUCUCGGCGACCUACUCCGAGCGUGCGGUCAGAAUCCGACGCUGCAGGAGAUUCGGGAGUUGGAGAAGAAUGUCGGUUCGGACUUCGAUUUCGAGACCUUCUCCAAGAUUCUCAACCGCCCGGGCGGCUUCCGCGACCCUGGCGAGCCCGAAGAGUACUGCCGCGGCUUCCAGGUGUUUGACAAGGACAUGACGGGGUUCAUUGGUGUCGGUCAGUUACGGUAUAUCUUGACGAAUUUGGGGGAGAAGAUGAGUGAUGAGGAGGUGGAUGAGUUGUUGAAGGCGGUGGAUACGAGUUCGGGGGAGAUUAAUUAUACUGAACUCGUCCGCACGAUCCUCGCAAACUAG